AUGCCAACGGAGCGCUCGCCCACACGGGCUUCGGAAGGCGCAACGGCCAAAAACAGGAAUCCAACAGCAGAUCCGCCCAUGGGUACUCACAUUAGCAAAGUCGCCGUCCGCGCACCACCCUUCUGGGAGAACGAGCCCGAGCUAUGGUACGCACGUGAGGUCAAGGACGUAAUCACCGACCCACCUGCCACGGACAAAUACCUCGCGAUUAAGACCGCCUUAAUCUGUCGACUGUCAGCCUCACAAGAGCACAGGAUCCGCCAACUCCUAGAACACGAAGAGAUGGGAGACCGCAAGCCUUCUCAAUUUUUGCGGAACCUACGCACACUCACUGGAAAUGCCGUACCCGAACAACUGUUACGCACGUUGUGGCUCGGGCGGUUACCGACAACCAUGCAAGCCAUUCUGGCAACCAGGGCGCAGGACCAACUGGAGGAUGUCGCGGAACAGGCAGACCGAAUACAAGAGGUCACUGUCCGCUCAGUCAAUGAGGUAAAAACCGCGUCAGACGAUCCGUCACCGAUGGCCCACCAAAUACGGCAACUCACCGACCAGGUGGCAGCCAUGGCUCGACGUCUCGAGCAAACGCCUCGUCCACGAAACCGAAACAGAAGCAAAUCAAGGAAGAAGAAGAAACCGGAUCACCUUUGCUUCUAUCAUCGGAAGUUCGGGCAACAAGCUCGAAAGUGCACCCAGCCGUGCAAUUUCCAAUCGGGAAACGAGCGGGGGAGUCACUGA